UCCGAGUACGGUAUUCUGUUGACUAGGCGUUCCCAGGGCUAUUUGUUGCUCAGUGCCUCUCCUCCCUCUCGCGCUCAACUCGCCUCCUAUUUCGAGCACCCCCUCUCCCCCCCUAGCUUCCGAUUCCAUCAUUCCUCUCUCUCUCUCUCUCUCCCUCUCUGUUUCUUCGUCUGAAAUCAUCAAAUCUCUGUCAUUCCAGAUCAUUACCAUUCGUAGUUUAGAAAUACAGAAAGAAGAUCAUAACCAUUCAUCCAUUAUAACCAAAUCACGCCCAGGCAAGGCCUCGUUUCGGAUCCAAAGGUCUUGAACUGUGUGAAGAGUUGGAUGAAGAUAUACCAAGUUAACUCCAUAGCAUAAUAUAUAAUGGAAGAGGAAGAACAAGAAAGGGGUGAAAUUUCAGGAAAGGAUUUACAAAAUCACAAAGAAGGUAGUAGUGUAGAUGAAACACUAGGGAUGCAUCAUAGAGAAGAUGUUAACACUACUGGUGUAGAAAGUAAUGCAGUUUUGCGAGGGGUUGAUUCUGUAGAUGACGUUCCAGAUGACGACCAGUUUGAGCAGGUAUCUUUAAAAGACCAGGGAGGUGUUGGGGAUUUAACUCAACGUCAGAGUUCAGAUAGUCUGAGACACUCCUCUGGUGGUAGUGAGGAUGCAUAUGAACUCGCAGCUGGGAAGUUUUCUACGGAGUUUGAUUCACCCCCAGCUGAUGGGGUGCACCAUGACCGACAUAAUUCAAGCCCAGGGCCUGGAAGACAACCCGGCUCUCACAUCAGACAAUCCUCCUCUUCGACUAGUCUUGAUUCUGCCAUGUAUUUGUAUGGGGAUGGUGGACACUCUCCUGUUGGUUCACCACAAAAGCCCAGGUCCAAACCCGCUAUGCCAAAUGUGUCUCCCGAGCUUUUGCAUUUAGUGGAUUCUGCUAUUAUGGGGAAGCCCGACAGCUUGUACAAACUGAAGAAUGUCGUAAGUGGUGUUGAGCAUUUCGGAGAUGGAGAGGAGGCUGAUGGUAUUGCAUUCUUGGUAGUUGAUUCACUUCUUGCUACAAUGGGAGGUGUUGAAUCUUUUGAAGAGGAUGAGGAUAACAACCCUCCCAGUGUUAUGCUGAACUCCAGGGCUGCCACUGUAGCCGGUGAGCUUAUUCCUUGGCUUCCUUUUGUAGGCGAUGUGGAGGAUCUCAUGUCUCCUCGGACUCGAAUGGUUAGAGGAUUGCUUGCUAUAUUGCGUGCUUGCACAAGAAACAGAGCGAUGUGCUCUACAGCUGGUUUAUUGGGAGUUCUUUUGCAGUCAGCUGAGAAGAUAUUUGUCGAGGAUGUUGGUUCAACCGAGCAAGUGAAAUGGGAUGGAACUCCUCUAUGUCAUUGCAUCCAAUACUUAGCUGGGCAUUCUCUUAGUGUAAUUGAUUUGCAUAGAUGGUUUCAAGCCAUCACAAGAACUAUGACCUCUAAAUGGGCAACUCGUUUGAUGCUUGCUUUGGAAAAGGCCAUUGGAGGAAAGGAGUCAAGGGGCCCGGCAUGUACAUUCGAGUUCGAUGGUGAAAGCUCUGGUUUGCUGGGUCCAGGAGAGAGCCGUUGGCCAUUCACUAAUGGAUUUGCAAUUGCGACAUGGAUUUACAUAGAGUCAUUUGCAGACACAUUGAAUACAGCAACUGCUGCAGCUGCAAUUGCUGCAGCAGCCGCAGCAAAAUCAGGAAAAUCAUCUGCCAUGUCAGCUGCUGCUGCCGCCAGUGCACUCGCUGGUGAAGGCACGGCACAUAUGCCAAGGUUGUUCAGCUUCUUAUCUGCUGAUAAUCAGGGGAUGGAGGCAUACUUUCAUGCUCAGUUUUUGGUAGUUGAAGUGGGCAGUGGUAGGGGAAAAAAGGCUUCCUUGCAUUUUACGCAUGCAUUCAAGCCACAAUGUUGGUAUUUUGUUGGCCUGGAGCAUACUUGUAAGCAGGGGUUACUUGGGAAAGCAGAAAGUGAGCUGAGGUUGUACAUUGAUGGAUCCUUGUAUGAAAGCCGUCCUUUUGAUUUCCCACGAAUCACUAAGCCACUUGCUUUUUGCUGCAUUGGAACAAACCCUCCCCCUACAAUAGCUGGUUUACAACGCCGUCGUCGUCAGUGCCCUUUGUUUGCUGAGAUGGGGCCUAUGUACAUUUUUAAGGACCUGAUUGGUCCGGAGAAAAUGGCGCGUUUGGCUUUUAGAGGAGGGGAUGUACUUCCUUCUUUUGGUAAUGGAGCAGGGGUACCAUGGCUAGCAACAAAUGAACAUGUGCAGAGUAUGGCAGAAGAAAGUGCACGUUUGGAUUCAGAAAUUGGAGGAUGCAUUCACCUUCUCUAUCAUCCUAGUUUACUGAGUGGGCGUUACUGUCCAGAUGCUUCACCUAGCGGUGCUUCAGGCAUGCUUCGAAGACCUGCGGAAGUUCUUGGGCAAGUACAUGUUGCUACAAGAAUGCGCCCGGCAGAGGCUUUGUGGGCCUUGGCCUAUGGAGGUCCGAUGUCUUUACUUCCAUUGGCAGUAAGCAAUGUGCAUGGAAACAACUUGGAACCACAGGAAGGGAAUCUUUCUUUGUCUUUGGCCACAACGACGCUUGCUGCUCCAAUAUUUAGAAUCAUUGCCAUGGCCAUUCAACACCCCAAAAACAAUGAAGAAUUGUCUCGUACACGAGGGCCUGAGAUGUUGUCCAGAAUUUUAAAUUAUCUUCUGCAAACUUUGUCUUCCCUUGAUGUUGGAAAGCGUGAUGGGGUAGGAGAUGAGGAACUUGUCGUUGCAAUUGUCUCUUUAUGUCAAUCUCAGAAAUACAAUCAUGCCCUCAAAGUGCAGCUUUUUAGCACACUACUGCUAGACCUGAAAAGUUGGAGCUUAUGCAACUACGGACUGCAAAAGAAGCUGUUAUCGUCACUUGCAGAUAUGGUUUUCACAGAGUCAUCUGUGAUGCGAGAUGCUAAUGCCAUUCAGAUGCUUCUUGAUGGCUGCAGGAGAUGCUAUUGGACUAUUCGUGAAACUGAUUCAGUGAAUACAUUUUCUCUGAAUGAAGUAACUCGUCCUGUUGGUGAAGUGAAUGCAUUAGUUGAUGAACUAUUAGUGAUCAUUGAACUUUUGGUUGUAGCAGCUCCUCCUUCAUUGGCUAUGGAUGAUCUGCGUUGUUUACUAGGGUUCAUGGUUGACUGUCCCCAACCCAAUCAGGUUGCCAGGGUGUUGCACCUGCUCUACAGAUUGGUAGUACAACCAAAUACAUCAAGGGCUCAGACAUUCGCUGAGGCCUUUAUAUCAUGUGGUGGGAUAGAAACACUUCUUGUCCUACUGCAGCGGGAAGCCAAAGCUGGAGACACUGACAACCCAGACCCUUCUAUCGAGAUUGAUGGAAUCUUGUCUUCCCAGGGGUCUGAUACAGAUACUGGUAGUGGGGUGUUGCAAACCAGUCAUGGUGGGGAUGCGGUAGAGGAGAAGGAAUUAACUUUGCAUGAAAAGGAGUUGGAACUUGAUCCUUUCAAUCACGGUGGCUACUCUGUUGGUAUUGCAACACGUACAAGCAUUGAGAGAACGGUUUCUGUCUCUGAGAACCCUUUAUUGAAAAAUUUGGGCGGUAUAAGUUUUUCUAUAAGUGCUGACAAUGCAAGGAAUAAUGUCUAUAAUGUUGACAAGAGUGAUGGUAUUGUUGUUGGAGUUAUUUGCCUCUUAGGUGCUUUAGUUACAUCGGGGCAUGUGAAAAUUGGUUCACAUGCUCCAGCAGAUGUCACUGGCAACCUCACAGUUUUGCAUGAGGCAGGAGGUACCAUGUUUGAUGAUAAAGUUUCUCUUCUCCUUUUUGCUCUGCAAAAGGCUUUCCAAGCGGCACCAAACAGGCUUAUGACUAGCAAUGUCUACACAGCUUUAUUAGGUGCCUCGAUAAAUGCUUCUGCAACUGAGGAUGGGCUGAACUUUUAUGAUUCUGGUCAUCGCUUCGAACAUUUGCAGCUUUUGUUGGUUCUUUUGCGUUCCCUUCCAUAUGCAGCAAGGGCAUAUCAAAGUCGGGCGUUGCAGGAUCUUCUGAUUUUGGCUUGCAGUCAUCCAGAAAAUAGAAGUAGUCUUACCACAAUGGAUGAAUGGCCCGAGUGGAUUUUGGAGGUUCUUAUCUCAAAUUAUGAGAAGGGUGCAAGUAAAAGUUCAAAUUCUUCAAGCUUGGGAGACAUAGAAGACCUGAUACACAAUUUCCUCAUAAUCAUGUUGGAGUAUUCUAUGCGCCUGAAGGAUGGAUGGAAGGAUAUUGAAGCUACAAUUCAUUGUGCAGAAUGGCUUUCUAUGGUGGGUGGAUCUAGUACAGGAGACCAACGGGUCAGACGCGAGGAAUCAUUGCCUAUUUUCAAGCGAAGGUUGUUAGGUGAUUUGCUGGACUUUGCUGCCAGAGAACUUCAGGUUCAGACUCAAAUAAUUGCUGCAGCAGCUGCUGGUGUUGCUGCUGAGGGUUUAGCACCCAAAGAUGCUAAGGCAGGAGCCGAAAAUGCAGCCCAACUCUCUGUUGCUUUGGUAGAGAAUGCCAUUGUCAUCUUAAUGCUUGUUGAAGAUCAUUUACGGCUGCAAAGUAAAUUUUAUCGUUCCUCACAUCUUCCGGUUGGUUCUCCUUCCCCUCUUUCACGUGUUUCAAUUGGUGGAGAAUCUUUGGAAGCAGCAGGUGAUAGAAAAUCAUCAUCGAGUGACUCUGCAGGGCUCUCUCUUGAUGUUCUUGCUUCCAUGGCUGAUGCAAACGGGCAAAUUUCUACAACAGUGAUGGAACGACUUACUGCUGCCGCGGCUGCUGAACCUUAUGAUUCUGUUUCCUGUGCUUUUGUGUCUUAUGGAAGUUGUGCGAUAGAUUUAGCUGAGGGUUGGAAAUACAGGAGCAGAUUGUGGUACGGAGUUGGACUUCCUUCGAUAACGACAGGCUUUGGUGGUGGUGGGAGUGGCUGGGACUCUUGGAAAUCUGCUUUGGAGAAAGAUGCCAAUGGAAAUUGGAUUGAGCUACCUUUAAUAAAGAAGUCAGUUGCCAUGCUCCAAGCUUUGUUAUUAGAUGAGUCCGGACUUGGUGGCGGUCUUGGUAUUGGAGGAGGAUCCGGUACUGGAAUGGGAGGCAUGGCAGCUCUUUAUCAGUUGCUGGACAGUGACCAACCAUUCUUAUGCAUGCUGCGAAUGGUGCUUGUUUCCAUGAGGGAGGAAGAUGAUGGUAAAGAUAGUAUGCUUAUGAGGAAUUUAAACACUGAGGAUGCUUUGUCGGAGGGAUCACAUCAACAUACUAGCAACAUGCUAUCCUUAAACAACGAUUCCCGAAUCUCAACAAGGAAACCACGAUCCGCAUUGCUUUGGAGCGUGCUUUCGCCUGUUUUGAACAUGCCAAUUUCUGAGUCCAAAAGACAGAGAGUAUUGGUUGCAUCUUGCGUUCUCUAUUCUGAGGUGUGGCAUACUGUCAGCAGGGAUGGAUCCCCUCUUCGGAAGCAGUAUCUAGAGGCCAUUUUACCACCAUUUGUAGCUGUUUUGAGGAGGUGGCGACCCCUAUUGGCAGGAAUUCAUGAACUCGCUACUGCUGACGGUUUGAAUCCUCUAGUUGCUGAAGACCGUGCCUUGGCUGCAGAUGCACUGCCUAUAGAGGCUGCUCUUGCCAUGAUCUCUCCUGGCUGGGCUGCUGCUUUUGCAUCGCCACCUGCUGCAAUGGCAUUGGCAAUGAUUGCCGCUGGAGCUGCUGGAGGGGAAACCCCGACACCAGCAACAACUACUCAGCUUAGGCGUGAUUCUUCAUUGCUUGAGAGGAAAACAACUCGGCUCCAUACAUUUUCAAGCUUCCAAAAACCUUUGCAGGUACCUAGCAAAUCUCCAGGCAUUCCAAAGGACAAGGCUGCUGCUAAAGCAGCUGCCUUGGCUGCUGCACGCGAUCUUGAACGCAAUGCAAAGAUUGGUUCUGGAAGAGGUCUCAGUGCUGUGGCAAUGGCCACAUCUGCCCAGAGGAGGAGCCAAAGUGAUAUGGAGCGUGUACAAAGAUGGAAUGUUUCUGAAGCCAUGGGUAUUGCCUGGCUGGAAUGCUUGCAAUCAGUUGAUUCAAAAUCAGUUUACGGAAAAGACUUUAAUGCUCUGUCGUAUAAAUUCAUCGCUGUCCUUGUUGGAAGUUUAGCUUUAGCUAGAAACAUGCAACGUUCGGAGGUUGACAGGCGGGCACAAGUUGAUGUAAUAGCCAGGCAUCGUCUAUGGACUGGAAUACGCUCAUGGCGCAAACUCAUCCACAGCCUGAUAGAAAUGAAAUGUCUUUUUGGGCCUUUUGGAGACCGUUUAUGCAAUCCUGAGCGUAUUUUCUGGAAGCUAGACUUGAUGGAAAGUUCUUCGAGGAUGAGGAAAUGUUUGAGGAGAAACUACAGGGGGUCUAACCAUUUGGGUGCUGCUGCAAACUACGAAGAUCUUGUGGAAUUGAAGAAGGAUAAAGAAAAUGUCAUUAGUCCAUCCAAAGCCUCUAUUUUGGCGGCUGAAGCUAUCUCGAUGGAGGUAGUAAAUGAGGAUGAGGAGCAGGAAGGCAGAGAUAGUUUGGAGGGUAGGGAAGGUGAAGAUGAACAAAGAGGGAGGAUCCAGACAAGGUUGUCUGACAUUGCUGAGCAACCAUUGCAGGCAUCGGUUGAAUCUACACAUCCUCUAGCGAGUAGCAGCCAGGAUUUGGAGGAAAAUCCGUCGGUGGUUGCCCCUGGUUAUGUUCCUAGUGAACUUGAUGAGAGAAUUGUUCUUGAGCUUCCUGCGUCCAUGGUCCGGCCAUUAAGGGUUCUUCGAGGCACGUUUCAAAUAACAUCAAGAAGAUUUAAUUUUAUUGUUGAUAACUCCGAGAGCAUUGCUGUGGGUGAUGAUUUGGAUAACAGUUAUCAAAGUAGAGUUCAAGAAAAGAAUCACAGUUGGUUGAUGUCUUCCCUUCACCAAAUUUACAGCCGAAGAUAUCUCCUGAGAAGGAGUGCCCUGGAAUUGUUUAUGGUUGACCGGUCAAACUUCUUCUUUGAUUUCGGGAGUACCGAGGGGAGAAGAAAUGCUUAUAGAGCUAUAGUUCAUGCACGUCCUCCUCAUUUGAACAAUAUUUACCUUGCAACACAGAGACCGGACCAACUUUUGAAGAGAACUCAGUUAAUGGAACGUUGGGCUAGGUGGGAGAUCAGCAAUUUUGAGUAUCUAAUGCAGCUCAACACAUUGGCUGGGCGCAGUUAUAAUGACAUAACUCAGUAUCCUGUUUUCCCAUGGAUUCUUUCUGAUUACAGUUCCAAAACUUUGGAUCUUGCCAAUUCAUCUUCGUACCGGGAUUUGUCAAAGCCCAUUGGCGCGUUGAAUGCUGACCGGUUGAAAAAAUUCCAAGAGAGAUACUCCAGUUUUGAUGAUCCAGUCAUUCCCAAGUUUCAUUAUGGUUCACAUUAUUCAAGUGCCGGAACCGUGUUGUAUUAUCUUGUUAGAGUGGAGCCAUUUACUACUCUUUCAAUUCAACUCCAAGGUGGCAAAUUUGAUCAUGCGGACAGAAUGUUUCUAGAUAUCGGUGCUACUUGGAAUGGAGUUCUGGAGGAUAUGAGUGAUGUUAAGGAAUUGGUUCCUGAGCUGUUUUACCUCCCGGAGAUGUUCACAAAUGAAAACUCAAUUGACUUUGGUACAACACAACUUGGAGAGAAGCUUGAUUCUGUCUCCUUGCCUCCUUGGGCUGAAAACCCUGUUGAUUUCAUGCACAAGCAUAGAAUGGCCCUUGAGAGUGAACAUGUUUCUGCACAUCUUCAUGAAUGGAUUGAUCUCAUAUUUGGGUAUAAACAACGAGGAAAAGAAGCUAUUGCGGCAAAUAAUGUGUUCUUUUACAUUACUUACGAAGGGACGGUGGAUAUAGAUAAAAUAUCAGACCCAGCACAACAACUUGCUACACAAGAUCAAAUUGCUUAUUUUGGACAAACACCAUCGCAACUUCUAAAUGUUCCUCACUUGAAGAAGAUGCCACUAGCAGAUGUUCUUCACUUGCAGACCAUCUUUCGGAACCCAAAAGAAGUCAAACCCUAUGUUGUUCCAUCUCCAGAACGCUGCAACCUACCAGCUGCUGCCAUUCAUGCAUCGCAGGAUUGUGUCAUAACCGUUGAUACAAAUGCUCCAGCCGCUCAUGUUGCGCAGCACAAAUGGCAACCAAACACACCAGAUGGCCAUGGGAUGCCAUUUCUUUUCCAACAUGGAAAGGUCAGUGCGAGCUCCACUGGUGGAGCGUUCAUGCGAAUGUUCAAAGGACCAACUGGAUCUGGCUCAGAGGAGUGGCAUUUUCCCCAAGCAGUUGCAUUUGCAGCUUCUGGAAUUAGAAGCUCAGCUGUUGUUGCUAUCACCAGUGACAAAGACAUAAUCACGGGUGGGCACGUGGAUAACAGUGUCAGACUGAUAUCAUCAGAUGGAGCAAAGACUUUAGAAACAGCUAGAGGGCAUUGUGCUCCAGUGACUUGCCUGUCGCUAUCAUCUGACAGCAACUACCUUGUGACGGGAUCUAGGGAUGCAACAGUUUUAAUAUGGAGGAUACAUAGGGCAUCAUCCAGUUCUCAUUUGAGCAGCACAUCGGACACUUCCACUGGCUCAGGCACCCCAACUUCAAGUAGCAGUAAUACCAUAGCGAAUGGUUUGGCAGACAAAAGCAGGAGAAGACACAUUGAGGGUCCCAUACAUGUUCUGCGGGGCCACCUUGGGGAAAUAAUCUGCUGCUGUGUCAGUUCAGAUCUUGGAAUUGUUGUAUCAUGCUCCAACUCGUCAGAUAUUCUGCUCCAUUCAAUAAGGAGGGGUCGCUUAAUUAGAAGGCUGAUUGGUGUGGAGGCCCAUGGAAUUUGCCUUUCAUCGGACGGGAUCAUAAUGGCUUGGAACAAAUCCCUUCACACCCUCACCACCUUUACUCUUAAUGGGACAGUGAUAGCCAAGUCACAACUCCCUCUCUCUUGUAGGGUUAGUUGCAUGGAGGUUUCUGUCGAUGGACAAAGUGCUUUGAUUGGGUUAAACCUGUGUUCUGAAUAUGAUGGAGCCUGUGACAACAUUUUGGAUGAAGACAACAGAUUGGAAAUUCCUUCACCUUCAGUUUGCUUCCUUGAUCUGCAUACUCUUCGGGUGUUUCAUGUACUAAGGCUGGGUGAAGGGCAAGAUCUUACGGCUCUGGCCCUGAACAAGGAUAACACUAAUCUGUUGGUGUCAACUGAUAACAAUCAAUUGACAAUCUUCACCGAUCCUUCUUUGAGCUUGAAGGUGGUAGAUCAGAUGCUGAAGCUGGGCUGGGAAGGUGAUGGACUAAGCCCCCUCAUAAAGUGAUAGUCAGGCAGUUGGUUUUUUAUUUUUGAUUCCGACAAUUUUGGGCUAUGGAGAUACCAUCCAAAUGAUACUGCAAGGGCAAGCUGGCUAGCCAUCCCAGAAAGAAAUACGAUUAUUAAAUUGUUCGCGGCUGCCUUUGUGGUUGUAGCAUAUGUAUCUGGAAGGUGGAACAACUGGUAUAUCAUACGAGUGAGAAAUACUACAUUUACGCAGCGCUCUUCAUUUUUGACUCUGUUGAGUUGUCUAUUUUUUUUCAUUGGGCUUUUGAUCUAUUAGCCUUGCAAGCUGUCCAUUUCUCCAUUUCUAUUUAAAGGAAAAACAGAGGAAAAUUCAAUAGUUAUUUGCCUUUCCCUGAACCAUUGUGUGCAUUUUUUGACUAUGUGAUGAAGAAUAUGCUCUUGGUUCAA